AUGGGCCAGCUACCUACAAGUCGUGUUUCGGCGCCCUCUCGAGCGUUUCUACAUAGCGGUGUCGACUACGCCGGACCAGUCUUUACACGUGCUUCAGCCGGCCGAGGAAUUACCUCGCGAAAGGCCUACAUAGCACUCUUUAUUUGUUUAGCCACACGCGCUAUUCAUCUCGAACUGGUUAGUGAUUACUCGACUGCUGCCUUUCUUAACGCUUUUCAAAGAUUUUGUGCGCGACGUGGAUUACCAGAGGUCAUGUACUCGGACAAUGGUACUACGUUCGCAGGAGCAGACAAGGAGUUGUCGCAAGCGUAUCGAGACGCUCAAAGCGAUGUUAACUUUCUCAACUUCAUCGUGUCAGAUAACAUCACAUGGAGUUUUAUCCCUCCCCAUGCUCCACACUUCGGUGGAUUGUGGGAGGCAGGGGUCAAAAGCGUUAAAUACCACCUUCGUAGGAUAUUAGGAAAUCACACCCUCACUUUCGAGGAACUUACUACCGUGCUUUGUAAAGUUGAAGCAUGCUUAAAUUCAAGGCCCCUGUGCCCAUUGACUGAUUCGAUUGACGAUUUUGAAGUGCUCACUCCGGGUCACUUUUUGAUUGGAUCGGCAAUCACAAUCAAUCCAGAACCUUCUGUUCUGCAAAUCAAUGAAAACAGACUGUCACGGUGGCAGUAG